AUGUUCAAUUCCACUGCCACAGCACCUCCAGAGGAGCACUGCUCCCGGAACACGGUGAUAACGCAGCAAAUCAUCCCUGUGCUGUACUGUGUGGUCUUUGUCGCAGGGAUCCUGCUCAAUGGAGUAUCAGGAUGGAUAUUCUUCUACGUGCCCAGCUCCAAGAGCUUCAUUGUCUAUCUCAAAAACAUUGUCAUUGCUGACUUCCUGAUGAGCCUGACCUUUCCUUUCAAGAUCCUUAGCGAUUCACGCCUCGGCCCCUGGCAGCUGAAUGUGUUUGUGUGCAGGGUUUCUGCAGUGCUCUUCUACAUCAACAUGUAUGUGAGCAUCGUGUUCUUUGGGCUCAUCAGCUUCAACAGAUACUAUAAAAUCGUCAAGCCUCUUUUGGCUUCUUUCAUCCAGUCAGUGAAUUACAGUAAAGCCCUGUCAGUGAUGGUGUGGAUGCUGGUGCUCUUUCUUGCCAUCCCAAACAUUAUUCUCACCAACCAGAGUGUGAGAGAGGUUACACGUAUAAAAUGUAUUGAACUUAAAAACCAACUGGGACAGAAGUGGCAUGAAGUGUCCAGCUAUAUCUUUGUGGGCAUCUUCUGGAUUGUAUUUCUUCUGUUAAUCUUCUUCUACACUGCUAUCACAAGAAAAAUAUUUCAGUCCCAGCUUAAGUCCAGAAGGAAGUCUAUGUCGGUCAAGAAGAAAUCUAGCCGCAAUAUAUUCAGCAUCGUGUUUGUAUUUUUUGUCUGCUUCGUUCCUUACCACAUUGCCAGAAUCCCUUACACAAAAAGUCAAACAGAAGCUCAUUACAGCUGCCAGUCAAAAGAAAUCUUACUCUAUGUGAAAGAAUUCACUCUGCUUCUGUCUGCUGCAAAUGUAUGUCUAGACCCCAUUAUUUAUUUCUUUCUAUGCCAACCAUUUAGAAAAAUCUUAUGUAAGAAAUUGAACAUCCCUUUAAAAGAUCAGAAUGAUCUAGAAACUUCCAAAACCAAAAGGGGAAAUACAACAUGUGAAAGCACAGACACUUUAUGA